AGAACGCAGCUGAACGCAACACGUUAGUGAAAGAGCGCACGGAAGAUCCGUCACCAAGCUUUAAAUCGUGGGGAUGUUUUCCAUCAUGAUGCAUAUCCAGCGUGCGACCUCGUUUAAAGACGCGACGACGCGUUUCCAGUAGGAGUUUUCGUGCGUUUUGAGGAAGACUUUGAAUUGCGCGGAGAACCGAGCAGCGGGCGAGAGCGCAGAGCGCAGCGGGAGGAGAGUGCGCACACGCGGGGCUCUGCCCUGCCAAACAUGGCUGAUCGUCAGGAGCGGGGCGCUGCAGGGAUCUCCAGAAAGACGCUCGAUGCUCCCCACUGAAGAACCAGAAGAUGAUGAUGGUGAUGAGAAGCGGCUCUCCACAAUAAUGACCUAUCCGCUCUCGGUUCGGAACAUGGCUGUGAUCAUCCCCUACACCAGUGAUGUACCCUGUGACCCCAGGGGCCAGAGGAUGUGGUGGGCUUUCCUCGCCUCCUCCAUGGUCACUUUCUUCGGGGGUCUGUUCAUCAUCCUGCUGUGGAGGACCCUCAAGUACCUGUGGACGGUGUGCUGCCACUGCAAGAAUAAAAAGAAGGAGUGUAACCCGGCGGUGCUCGGUGACGGUGUGAUUAAAGCGGUGGGUCAGCGGGAGGCGGAGGCGGUGGUCAGCGAGGUGGGAUGGAUGACCUCAGUGAAGGACUGGGCCGGGGUCAUGAUCUCUGCUCAGACGCUCACGGGACGAGUGCUGGUGGUGCUUGUCUUCGCUCUGAGCAUCGGAGCGCUUGUGAUUUACUUCAUCGACUCCUCUAAACCCAUCGAAUCCUGUCAGCAUUUCGACAAGGACUACACAUUGCAGAUCGACAUGGCCUUCAACGUGUUCUUCCUCUUGUACUUUGGACUGCGUUUCAUCGCAGCCAAUGAUAAACUGUGGUUCUGGCUGGAGGUGAAUUCAGUGGUGGAUUUCUUCACCGUCCCGCCUGUGUUUGUGUCCGUGUAUCUGAACAGGAGCUGGCUGGGAUUGAGGUUCUUAAGAGCCUUGAGGCUGAUCCAGUUUUCAGAAAUAUUACAGUUUUUAAAUAUCUUAAAAACAAGCAACUCCAUAAAGUUGGUGAAUUUGUGCUCAAUCUUUAUAAGCACAUGGCUGACGGCAGCGGGCUUCAUUCAUUUGGUGGAAAACUCAGGGGAUCCUUGGGAAAACUUCCAAAAUUCCCAACCGCUUUCCUACUGGGAGUGUGUGUACUUACUCAUGGUAACCAUGUCCACAGUGGGUUAUGGAGAUGUUUGUGCUAAAACAACCCUCGGACGCCUUUUCAUGGUCUUCUUCAUUCUCGGAGGAUUGGCCAUGUUUGCCAGCUACGUUCCUGAAAUCAUAGAGUUAAUAGGAAACCGCAAGAAAUAUGGUGGUUCCUAUAGUGCAGUAAAUGGGAGAAAGCAUAUAGUCGUCUGCGGUCACAUCACACUGGAGAGCGUCUCCAACUUCCUCAAAGACUUCCUACACAAGGACAGGGAUGAUGUCAAUGUAGAAAUAGUUUUUCUCCAUAAUAUUUCCCCUAAUCUUGAGCUGGAAGCCUUAUUCAAGAGACACUUCACACAGGUGGAGUUUUACCAGGGAUCCGUCCUCAACCCUCAUGAUCUCGCUCGAGUCAAGAUUGAGUCAGCCGAUGCCUGUCUGAUCUUAGCCAACAAAUAUUGUGCAGAUCCUGACGCUGAAGAUGCAUCCAAUAUCAUGAGGGUGAUAUCCAUUAAAAACUACCAUCCAAAGAUCCGAAUCAUUACACAGAUGCUGCAGUACCACAAUAAGGCUCAUCUUCUCAACAUCCCGAGCUGGAACUGGAAGGAGGGCGAUGACGCCAUCUGCCUCGCCGAGCUGAAGCUGGGCUUCAUCGCUCAGAGCUGCCUGGCACAGGGUCUGUCCACCAUGCUGGCUAACCUCUUCUCCAUGAGGUCCUACAUCAAGAUUGAAGAAGACACAUGGCAGAAGUAUUAUUUAGAGGGAGUAGCCAAUGAAAUGUACACGGAGUAUCUGUCCAGUGCCUUCGUGGGUUUGUCUUUCCCCACCAUUUGUGAACUGUGCUAUGUGAAGCUGAAACUCCUGCUGAUCGCGAUCGAGUAUAAAUCAGACCAGAGAGAAAGCAGGUCAAUCCAGGCACUUUUCUACUGUAAAACUUGUCACGAUGACAUUACAGACCCAAAACGGAUCAAGAAGUGCGGAUGCAAACGGAUGUUGUAUUCUAAAAGUAACUAUAACGGAUACAUCAAAUCAAUAGUGGAGGAGGAGCAGCAGUCGGCUCUGUCGCCCAAGAAAAAACAGCGUAACGGAGGGAUGAGAACGUCGCCCACAUGCUCGCCCAAAAUAAUAAGGCACGACCCGUUGUUGGUCCCUGGACACGAUCAAAUGGAAACAAUGGAUGAGAACAUAAAGAAAUAUGAUUCGACAGGAAUGUUUCACUGGUGUCCAUCAAAAGACAUCGAGAAGGUCAUGCUGACUCGCAGUGAGGCGGCGAUGACGGUUUUGAGCGGUCACGUGGUGGUUUGUAUAUUCGGCGAUGUGAAGUCGGCUCUGAUCGGUCUGCGUAACCUGGUGAUGCCUCUGAGAGCCAGUAACUUCCACUAUCACGAGCUGAAGCCCAUCGUGUUCGUGGGCUCUCUGGAGUAUCUCAAGAGAGAGUGGGAGACGCUACACAACUUCCCCAAAGUCUCCAUCUUACCCGGGACUCCACUGAGUCGGGCCGAUCUGAGAGCCGUCAACAUCAACUUGUGUGACAUGUGCGUCAUCCUGUCAGCCAAUCAGAACAACAUCGACGACGCCUCUCUGCAGGAUAAGGAGUGUAUUCUGGCCUCUCUCAACAUCAAGUCCAUGCAGUUUGAUGACAGUAUUGGACUCUUGCAGGCCAACUCUCAAGGUUUCACUCCUCCUGGCAUGGAUCGCUCGUCUCCGGAGAACAGUCCCGUACACGGAUUGGUGCGACAGGCGUCCAUAACCACUGGAGCAAACAUUCACAUCAUCACAGAGCUCGUGAACGACUCAAACGUCCAGUUUCUGGACCAGGACGAUGACGACGAUCCCGACACAGAGCUGUACCUCACGCAGCCGUUCGCCUGUGGGACAGCGUUCGCCGUCAGCGUGCUGGAUUCAUUGAUGAGUGCCACGUACUUCAAUGAUAACAUUCUGACUCUGAUCCGGACGCUGGUGACCGGCGGAGCCACGCCGGAGCUGGAGGGUCUGCUGGCGGAGGAGAACGCGCUGCGUGGAGGAUACAGCACAACGCAAACACUGGCCAACAGAGACCGCUGCCGCGUCGCACAGCUGGCGCUUUACGACGGCCCCUUUGCUGAUCUGGGGGAUGGAGGCUGUUAUGGUGAUUUAUUCUGUAAAGCAUUGAAGACGUACAACAUGUUGUGUUUUGGAAUCUACCGAUUAAGAGACGCACAUCUGGGAGCACCCAGCCAGUGCACCAAACGAUACGUGAUCGCGAAUCCUCCGUACGACUUCGAGCUGGUGCCUACAGAUCUGAUCUUCUGCCUGAUGCAAUUUGACCACAACGCCGGCCAGACGCGCACCAACCUGUCCACUCACUCCACCUACUGCCCCAGCAAGAAGAGCCCAUCCGCCCACUCCGUCCCCUCAUCCGCCCGGCCGGGCCGCAGCCGGAGCCGCGACCUGCGCGACAAACAGAAUGUGCCCAGGACGAAUAGAGGGGUUUCAGGUCAUCUCUGCAGUGCAUGUUUCUCCAGAUUCAGGGCUCUGCUCUGGUACACAGAUGAACCUGAGAACAGCUUCCCUAGAAACACGCAAACCAAACACACCAACACACACACAGCCAAUCAGACCAAUCAGUACAAAUCCACCAGCAACAUCAUCCAGCCAAUCAGAGAAGUGGAGGAGGAGCCUUGA